AUGAUAGUUUUGGGGUGGCUCAACAGCCAUUCAUCACGAUUAAAGACGUUUGUAGCUAAUCGUGUUAGUCAAACUUUAGAGAUAACAAGAGCUAAACAGUGGCAUCAUGUACCAACAAAUGAAAAUCCAGCCGACGUACUUUCCCGAGGAGCAACAGCGCAAGAGUUGCAAGAGGCAGAUGGUUGGUGGUUUGGGCCACAUUGGCUAUCAAACGAUACAGAAUCGAGGAGCAAGGCAACUGAUCUUGAACAGAUACCAGAAGAAGCACUACCAGAGCUUAGAACUAUGCAAUUGAGUCUGGUUGUAGUACAGCGAAAAAAUGUAUUGCUAGAUAAGCAUUCAGAAUGGAAGAAGUAUCUAACAGUAUCAGAUCUUAAAAAGGCAGAACAAUGGUUGGCAAGAUGUGCUCAAAAGGAUGAAUUUGUAGCAGAAUUUAAAGCGCUAACUAUUGGUAAGGAACUGCCAAAUAACAGUAAGAUACGAGGACUAUACCCAUUUCUCAGUACAGACAAUCUAAUUGUGGUCGGAGGAAGAUUACAUCAUGCAUCGCUUUCGGAUGAACAAAAGCAUCCUAUAGUUUUACCGUUUGGUCAUAAGGUCACGCAGCUAAUUUUUAUAUACUAUCAUGAAAUACUGCUGCAUGGAGGACCCCAGUUGUUGUUAUCAGAAGUAAGACUUCGAUUUUGGCCUGUAAAGGGUAGAAUGCGUUACGUUACGUGUGUUCGAGCCAAGCCUAAAUUUCAAAACCCGAUUAUGGCUACCUUGCCAAGUACCAGAGUACGGCCUGCCAGACCAUUUGCGACAACAGGAGUUGAUUUUGCGGGACCCUUGGAUGUUCGAAGUGGUAUACGCCGUGUCACAAGCAUAAAGACAUGGAUUGCAGUUUUUGUGUGUCUAGCUACUAGAGCAAUACAUUUGGAGCCAGUGGUUGGUCUUACAAGUAAUGCCUUUUUUGCGGCGCUGCGACGGUUUAUGGCACGAAGAGGUAAAUGUUCAAAAAUAUAUAGUGACAAUGCAACAAACUUUGUGGGUGUUCAGCGAGAAUUAUCAACCUAUCUGCGAGGUGUCGAUGCAAGUGUAGCCAAAGAAGGAAUAGAUUGGCAUUUUAACCCUCCAGCAGCACCACAUUUCGGUGGAAUUUGGGAGAGUGCCGUGAAAAGUGCAAAGCACCAUCUGACUAGAGUAGUUAAGGAUGCUAGGCUCACGUUAGAGGAGCUAGGGACUUUACUCUGUCAAAUUGAGGCAUGUUUGAACUCUCGCCCAUUGACCCCGUUAAGUUCCCAUCCACUAGACUUAGAGCCCAUAACACCAGCACAUUUUUUAAUUGGGGGACCAUUACUCCUGGUCCCAGAAACUGAUUUAUCGAAUGAAAAUAUCAGCACAUUGCGAAAAUGGAGAUAUGUGCAGGCCUUGAUGCAGACGUUCUAG